GGUGUCUAGCUCAACCAUUUCUCUUCUCGAACUGUUAGGGACGUCGAUGCUGCUAAACCAUAAUAAAGGAUCGGGCAUUAAACAUUUUUCAACGAGUAAGUAAGUCAGUCAGAUCGCAGCAAUAUGAAGAGUUUCCUACUGAUCUGUCAGUUCAUCUGUUUAACUGAGGCUAUCUCAAACUUGGAAAUGAAACAGCUGAAAGGAAUACAAAACCUGAUGAAGAAUCUCCACAACGGCGUCUUCACGACUUGCAACAUCGUUUUCUUCUCUGAUUUGGUGGACUUUAACACGGCACAGGAGAACUGCAGAAAGUUUGACGUUGGGACAGGAUCUACGGAAGGAAACCUCGCCACUGUUAACACUGAUAAGAAGAACGAAGAUCUAAAGAUGCUGCUGAGUAUGACGUACCCAAGGGAAGAGCAGCCGAAAAGUGACUGGGCAGACACGAAGUGGGUGUGGUCAGGAUUGAGGAAAACGAGGGAUAAUGUUGGAGAAGGAUCCAAAGAAAUGGUUUAUGAAGCUACGGAGUGGCAGUGGGCUGACGGGUCAACGCCUGGUGACUUUGCGAGAUGGUUACCAGGACAACCAGAUCAAAAUAGCCUGAAGAAGGGAAAGAAAGGUUGCACUGAAGAUCCUAAAUGUUACCAGAACCAGAUGAGAAUUAACCAUGACGGAAACUGGGACGACACAUUCAAGUUCAAGAAACACCCUUAUGCUUGUGACUACCAAGGCAAAUACAUUCUCUCAUCAGAGAAGAAAAGUUGGGAGGAUGCCAAAACAGCAUGCGAUGACGCAGGACUGCAGCUGGCUAAAAUCAGAACAGAUGAAGAGCUGAAUGAAAUUAUGUCAGCAAUACAAUACUUCCUGGGCUCUGGAGACGAAUCCUGGUCGAAAUGGGAUGCUAACAAUUGGUUGUGGUUGGGAGGAAACGACAUCAAAAAAGAGAAAAAAUGGAUGUGGGUGGAUGGAGAGAAGAUUGAGUGGAACAUUCCUUGGGAAAAGAAAGCUGGGAAUGAUAAUUCUAAGAAGAAGAUGAAAGAAGGACAAGAUGCCAUGUCCCUUUCCAGAUGGGGCACUAUUGACGACUCCUUCAGACUUGGGAUCUUCAGACCAUUUGCUUGUCAAUGUCCAGGCUCUUAGACUGAGUGUAAAAUAUAAUGAAAAGGUCCAUGAAGUUCACAAUAGACUAAGAGUUCUGAAAAUAUUUUUGCUCAAUAUUUGAAUCUAUUAGUUGCUGUUAUUCUAAUUGCAUUUACAUAAUUUGUUUAAAUUGUACG